AUGACCCAUGACGGUAUGUCAUCGCUACAAAUUGCUAAACAACUACGAAAAGUGGUCAGUGAGCGAACAGUUAGGCGAUGGCAACAUUUGUAUAGAAGCACCGAUACAAUUGAUUUGAAAACACCUGCUGGUGGCAUUUUCAAUCGCCAAAAUGACCGUGUUUAUGCUUCCUCUCGACACGACGCUGAUGAACACAAAGGAACAAACCGACGGCCAAGUUUCCAAAAAAAACUUCUGGUAUGGCUUGCAACAUCGAAAAAUGGUCUUUCACUUCCAAUUAUUUUUGAGCCCGGUGAAACGUUAACACAUGAAAAUUAUAUUGAAAUUGUUUUGCCACAUGCACGAGCUGAAGGUCAACGAUUAUUAGGUGAUGAUUUUAUUUAUCAACAAGAUAAUGCAACACCACACAAGCAUAAAGAUUCAAUAGCAUGGAUUAAGAAAAACUUUCCUCGGUUCAUCGAUGUAAAAAAUUGGCCGCCUAAUAGUCCAGACCUCAAUGUUCUUGACUAUUAUAUGUGGGACGCUAUAGGUCAUAAUAUGCAUUGGGAUAAAGUCAAAAGGUAUGAUUCAUUAAUUGAUGAAAUAAAAAAAGGUAUAAGUAGUGUAUCAAAAAAUGACCUCCUUCGCAGUGUUCAAAAUUGGUCAAGUAGAUUUUUUUCUAUUUUGAAAACAAAAAGUGCUUAUAUUAGAUAA